UUUCAGACAAAGGUGAAGAGUUGCACACCUGCAGAAUUACCGGGUAAAAGUAAGAAGGAAAAGCUGAAGGGGUUCGAGGUGAUUCUAGAAGAUACCAUACUGUUCCCAGAGGGGGGUGGACAGCCAGAUGACAGAGGCACAAUCAAUGACGUGGAGGUUUUACGCAUCACAAGACGAGGAGCAGAUGCUGUCAAUUUCGUCACUAAGGAGAUACAGGCUGGUACAGAAGUAUGUCUCAAAGUGGACUGGAAGAGGAGGUUUGACCACAUGCAGCAACAUACAGGACAGCACUUGAUAACAGCCAUAGCAGAAAGCAUGUAUGGAUGUCCCACCACAUCAUGGUGUCUCGGAGAAAACAUAUCGUCAAUCGAGUUAGACAUUCCGUCCCUGACUGACCAGCAGGUGGCAGACCUGGAGGACACAGUGAAUGAGAAGAUACUGGCCAGUAUCCCAGUCACACCACACCUCUACCACGACAAGGAGGACCCAGAACUCCAACAGUUCCGUUGUCGGGGGCUCCCAGAUGAUCACGUUGGCCCUGUUCGUGUCCUACAUGUAGACGGAAUCGACUCGACACUCUGCUGCGGA